AUGGAUCAAACGAAAUUAAAAUCCGGAAAAUAUUUGAUAAAAGAUAUGCCACCAACUAUCAUUGCUCGAAUUAUGCUUUUUAUUCUUUUCUUUCAACUUAUGCUUUGCGGUGCUACUCUUAUCACUACGCUUUAUGGCUCAAUGAGAUUUAUGGAAUAUCAUAAAAUAUUGCCAAAUUUUAUGCAGCGUUAUGGCUUGUUUUUGGGUGUUAUCAUUAUCAGUCUAUAUGCGACACUUAUCACUAUCAUUGCUUCAUUUCAAAUUCAUAAGUUUUGUUUUGUGGAAGCAACAAGAUUCUCGGAGAAUUUAUUAGAUCUGAAACUUUUAAAAUUUGAAUUACUUACAUCCAGUAUCACAACCAUAGGAUGUGCCUGCAUCCUAUUCAUUUCAAGUUUUAGUUGGCAAAAACCUAUCCGAGACAAUAUAUUGUAUGCUGUAAAGAAUGCUAUCAAUGACAAUGACUAUGCCCAGGAUAUUAAUACCAUUCAACAAAGAUUUGAAUGCUGCGGAAUUUCAAUCCAAGGUGUCGAAGCUCAUCUCAUUUGGCUUCAUUAUCUUUCACCUGAUAGUGCUUUUCAACAAGAUUUAUAUAAUGAAAAAGGUUCACUACCAUGGUCUUGUUGUCGAUCUGAAUAUAAAUCUAUGCACUGUGAACAAUUUGCAUAUGAACGAUUUGUCGUACCUUUAAAUGAGACAAACUUUCUUCAGAUACCAAGUUAUGCAACUCGAUUUAAGAAAAGUUGGAAAUGUACUUCACUAGCUGAUUGCAAACAAAAACGUGAAAUAGCAUUGAAUUCAGUAUAUAAACGUGACUGUUCCCAGGCUUUUUAUCAAGCUUUCAAAAUAGGAUUCUUUUACCUAAAUGGUACUAUGCUAUUUAUUUUAGGAUUAUGUAUGAUUUCCGGACUAGCUGUAACAAAUCAUCUUCAAACAAUUCUGAGCAAAAAAAAUUUUAAAGCUAUUACUCCAUUACUAUUAUAA